CUACCCUUGCAGCAUUAUUAUCAUUUUCAGCUACCUUUGUCCAAUUUUUUUCAUAAUUUUUUGGAUUUAAAUAAAAGAAUAAUUCUAGGAGACCUUUGUAGAUAGUGAAAGGAAACCUCCAGAGAAGGAUGUCUGUAACUUGCACAAAAAUCAGGAAUUUAUUCUUUUGCUAUGCUUCAUUCAUUUCUGUAAUCACCCCUCUCCUUUUUUGCAUAAUUUUAUCCAUUGAAUCUUUCGUUCCAUUGUUGCGUGAAAGCUGUUGAGGAAUAGAACUUAACUUUUUUAUCAUGACAUCAGCAUCGGAAUAUUACGUCAUUUGUUCCUAAAACAGGAUAUAAAGGCAUCCGGAUCUACCAGUCCAAGAGUAAGGUCAGGUGCAGUCUCCGAUCUCUUUCCUGUGAAGCUGUUGCUCCCAUUGUUCAACACACCAAGUGGAACAUGUCAAAAGUGGGUUUUCUUGAAUUCAAAUACAACCUUUCGAAAACAAUGUUCUUGCGGAAACCAACCCAAAUGUUUUCCUCCAGGGACCGAGAAUUCAGCAGUUUGUUGCCGGCUUACAUGCCAAUUAUGGAUGAGAUGAAGCAAGUGUUUGACCAAAUUGAUUCCGACAAAGAUGGGAAGAUCUCUCAGGAAGACUACAAGGACCUACUGAGAGCAAUCAGGAAGGAAAACGAGAUCAAACUGGUACCCAAGAUAUUCAAGGCUGUUGAUUUGGAUGGUGAUGGAUUUAUCAAUUUUAAAGAUUUUGUGAAACUACACAAUAGGGCAGGCGGGGUGAAGACAACAGACAUACAUUGUGCCUUUCGGACAAUUGAUUCAGAUGAGAAUGGAAAAAUAGGUGCAAAGGAAGUGUUCGAGUUGCUGAAGAGGCUGGGAGAGAAGUGCAGCCUAGAAGACUGUCAGAAAAUGGUGACAGCAGUGGAUGCAGAUGGGGAUGGUGUGAUUGACAUGGACGACUUCAUGACCAUGAUGACUGGCACCAUGAAGCCUAGUCAGGCAAAUUGUUAAAAAACAUUCCAUCAACAGACCCCCAGCUUCUUGAGUUUCAUACACUCUGAUGGCCUUGUGAUAUACCAAUCAUACAAGUCCUUGACCCCCAGCUCCUUCUGUUUCAAAACAUAACAACCCUAAUAUUGCCAAAAAACUGAUCAAUAUACCCAAUGUAAUGGCAGUGUGUUAUAAUUAAGAAGAUAAUAAUCUUCCUAUGCUGUAUAAGCAAUUCUUCGACCCUCUUUUGAGAUAUUUCAA